CCUGAGGUAGGCAGGCGUGGACAGCUCUUAGGGAAGGCCCCCGGGCCGAGGAGUGUGGUGUGUGCACGCGCGUGUGUGAGGUGGUGACUGGGAGCCCGGGUGGCGGCGGGGCAGGGUACCCCAUCUCCAGGAGGGGUUCUCUGGGGUCCCGGGCCCCGGUGUGAGGUGUGUGCGUUGAGGAGCCGGUGAGCGGUGCGUCGGCUGGACGGCUGGACCAGAGUGCAGAAAAUGCUAGGGCAGGCACGGACGUGGAGCGGGGGCGCCUUUGCGGCUCCCGGCGGGGCGGGCCGCGGGGCGGAGCGCGUCCUCCCUCCCCGGCUCGCGCAAGCCGGCUCGGCGCUCAGCACCCGGGACAGCGCCGCCCACGUGGCUCGGAGGUCCGGCCCGCGCCCAGCAGGGAGCUUGGGUGCCGCAGCAGCAAGGAGCGCGAGACCCUGCCAUCAUGUUCCCGGAGCCCCAGACCCCAGGGCCUCCGACUCCCGACGCGCCUCCGGACUCCAGCCGCAUCGGCCAGGGUGCAGUGCCGCCCUGGGCCUUGGCCACCAUCGUGCUGGUCUCAGGCCUCCUGGUCUUCAGCUGUGGUUUCUGUCUCUGCCGGAAGCGCUGUCAGAAGCGGUCGGGCAAGAAGAGCCAGGCACACGCCCAGGUCCACCUUCGGGAAGUGAAGGAGCUGGGCCGGAGCUACAUAGACAAGGUGCAGCCGGAAGUGGAGGAGCUGGAGCCCAUGCCAGCUGGGCCAGGGCAGCAGGUAUCAGAGAAGCAUGAGCUAGGACGACUGCAAUACUCACUGGAUUAUGAUUUCCAGAGCGGUCAGCUGCUGGUGGGCGUCCUGCGAGCGGAGGGACUGGCGGCCUUGGACCUGGGUGGCUCCUCGGACCCCUAUGUGCGGGUCUAUCUGCUGCCAGACAAGCGGAGGCGACACGAGACCAAGGUGCAUCGGCAGACGCUGAACCCACACUUCGGGGAGACCUUCGCCUUCAAGGUCCCCUAUGUGGAGCUGGGGGGCAGAGUGCUGGUCAUGGCGGUGUACGACUUCGACCGCUUCUCCCGCAACGAUGCCAUCGGGGAGGUGCGGGUCCCCAUGAGCUCGGUGGACUUGGGACGCCCAGUGCAGGCCUGGCGGGAACUGCAGGCGGCUCCGAGGGAGGAGCUGGAGAAACUGGGGGACAUCUGCUUCUCCCUCCGCUACGUCCCCACGGCAGGGAAGCUCACUGUCAUCGUCCUGGAAGCCAAGAACCUGAAGAAGAUGGACGUAGGCGGGCUGUCGGAUCCCUACGUCAAGGUCCACCUGCUGCAGGGCGGCAAGAAGGUGCGCAAGAAGAAAACCACCAUCAAGAAGAACACGCUGAACCCCUACUACAACGAGGCCUUCAGCUUCGAGGUGCCCUGCGACCAAGUCCAGAAGGUGCAAGUGGAGCUGACCGUGCUGGACUACGACAAGCUGGGCAAGAACGAGGCCAUCGGGCGGGUGGCGGUGGGCACAGCCACCGGCGGGGCUGGGCUGCGGCACUGGGCCGACAUGCUGGCCAACCCCCGGCGGCCGGUCGCCCAGUGGCACUCGCUGCGGCCGCCUGACCACGCGAGGCCGCUGCUUGCACCCUGAUCUCCACCCCAGAGCCGUCCCUUCCCGCCUGGCGCACCGCGUCUCCAUGGCGACCUUGCCCGUACCCUGAAGCCCCGGGGGUCCCGGGGGAAGCAGUCUGGUUCCCCGGCCCAGGGGCUCCCCGGCGCUUGGACAAUCAUCCCUCCUGUCUCCCGCCCCAGGCCCUCCCCACUCACAGCCCUUGCUGCUCUGGCUAAAUAAAUGCUCCACAGCCUGGC